CUUCUGAUAAAAUGAUCAACGGUAAGGAUUAUUGGUCUGCCAUUUCAUGCCAGUAUGAUUGAGUAGGAGUAGGAGCCGAAAGCCCUUUUGUUUUAUUUGUCUUUUGCUUUUGUGUUUUGCCCUGUUAAUAGCUGCAUUCCACGGCUAUGAAAUCAUUGAAAUGUAACCAAAACCCCCCAAAAAAUAAAUGUGAUGACCUACAAUCCUUCACCGUUCCUGAACGUGACAAAUGAGGUUGAGUUAUUGAUAUUAUUGGUUUAAAAACACAAGUUUCUUGAUCAGAAGCUGCGAAACCGAGUGUUCUUGAUCAGCAGUUCUUUGGCUGUGAGUUUUUUCAAAGCAAAAUUUCCAGCAUGGAAGUCGUGGCUUCGAUUGUCAGUGUAGCAGUCCUAAAAACUGGUGAGGCUCUCUGUUCUACUAUCAAGAACAUUGCCAAAAGCCCACAACAGCUUCAUGUUUUGGAAAUGGAGAAGAAAUCCCUUACGGCUCUUAGAGAUGAGACAGCAAUAGAAAUCGAAAGAGCUACGCAGGAAGGAAUGGCAAUAAAAGAUAGAGCCACUGGAUGGCUUAAGGAUGUUGACGAGCUGCUUCGUAAGAUGAAUGAUCAGAUUCAAGAAGCAAAGAGUUCCCGAUGUUUCUUAAGUUGCAGUACUAAGCGGUGUAGAAUAAGCAGGGAUGUGGCAGAACAGCUCAAAGAGGUAAAAAGGCUUCUAGAAGUGGGAAGUUCCAUCGCUAGUUCCGUGGCUCAUAGUUAUCCAGAGGUCAAAGCAGUGGAGCAUAUUCCUGGACCUUCAAUUCAAGAUCAAACAGCGUCAGUAUCAGAAGAUUUAGCCAAAAUUAUGACUCUAUUGUCUGACGAUAAAAAGGGGAUAAUUGGUAUAUGGGGGAUGGGAGGAGUCGGCAAAACUAAUCUGGUGAGAAAUUUGAACAAUAAGCUCCAAAAAAAUUCAAAUCUGCGUUUUAGCUGUGUACUAUGGGUUACAGUGUCCAAAAAGUUGGACAUAAAAAUGGUCCAGACGAGAAUAGCUUCCAGACUGGGUUUGAAACUGGAAGAAAGUUCGGGACCGGAUGGAAUGGCUAUUCAACUUCAUCGGAGACUAGAGAAGGAAAGGUUUCUUCUCAUUCUCGAUGAUGUUUGGGAAAAAAUUGAUUUGGACAAAUUGGGUGUCCCACGGCCUGAAGAUCAUAGCGGUAGUAAGAUCAUAUUGACAUCUAGAUCUUUGGAUGUAUGUAGGUACAUCCAGACAGAUUUUAACGUACCGAUGAGCGUUUUGGGGGAUAAAGACGCUUGGCAAUUAUUUAGUCAAUAUGCGACGGAUGUGGUUAGUUUAGAACAUAUCACACCACUUGCAGAGGCAAUUUGUAAAGAGUGUGAGGGAUUGCCUUUGGCCAUCAUCACCAUGGGAGCUGCAAUGAGAGGAAAGACGAAUCCUGAGGUAUGGAAGCAUGCCUUGAAUCAAUUGCACAGAUCGGUGCCUUAUGCGGCAGGCGUUGAGGAGAAGCUCUAUAAGCGUUUGAAAUGGAGUUACGACUCAUUAGAAGGUAAAGACUUGAAAACUUGUUUUCUUUACUGCUCUUUGUUUCCAGAGGACUUCUCAAUUGAUAUAGAUGAACUAGUAUGGUACUGGCUGGCGGAAGGUUUGAUAGAUGAACGAGAAGACUAUGAGGUUUUCUACAGUAGAGGAAUUAGUUUGAUUGAAAAUCUGAAGGACGCCUGUUUGUUGGAAGAUGGUUCCGAUAAGGGCACCGUGAAGAUGCAUGACGUUGUUCGUGAUGUUAGCAUAUGGAUUGCAUCAACCUGCAGCGAGGAUGGAAGUAAAUCCCUCAUUCGUACAGAGAAAGGGUUGAAAGAGAUUUCAGCCACUGAGCUAUCAAAUUCUCUCAAAAGAGUUUCUUUUAUAGAUAACGAUUUAGAAAAACUACCUGAUGAUUCUGUGAUUCGAUGUUCAGAGGCAUCAACUUUUUUACUACAGAAUAAUCCUCGCCUUGAAUUAAUUCCUGAAAUAUUUUUGGAACGAUUUAAAGCACUGAGAGUCUUGAAUUUCAGUCGGACCAGCAUCAAGUCAUUGCCCGAUUCUCUUCUUCAACUGGAUGACCUCCGUGCUCUUCUUUUGAGUAAUUGCGAGGAUCUCGAAGGAUUACCCCCACUAGAAAGGCUCAGUAGACUUCAAGUGUUUGAUCUCUCCUGGACUGGUAUCAGAGAAUUACCAAAAGGGUUAGAGCAACUCAGCAACUUAAGGCAUCUAAACUUAGCCGGGACUUCUAAACUGGAAGUGGUUAAAGCUGGAGUCAUAUCCAAGUUGUCCAGAUUAGAAGUUCUGGACCUGUCAAACAGUUGCUACAUUUGGAAAGUGAAGGGAGCGGUACAAGAGGAGGAAGCAUGUUUUGAAGAGCUACAAUGCCUGGAGCGGUUACAAGUUUUAUCCAUCAGAUUGAAAUGGAACCCGUGUUACACUCUCCAAGAUACAAUUACUUUCUGGAUAAAUGGAUUAAAAGCAUUCGAAAUUAACGUCGGACCAUCGGGAUAUUCUCUUUCAGGGCGAGAUCUAUGCCUACUCUCAGAUGCCCAAAGAUGCAUCGUGACUAUGGAAGGGAUUGACCUCUCGGGAGGACAAAUUGGGUGCUUGUUGAGCAAUGCAAGUUAUCUACGCUUACUAAGUUGUGGAGGACUGAAUGAUAUGCUACAAGACAUGGUCAUUAACAAUGUUGGCAGAAGCUUUACAUAUUUAAAAAAGCUUAAGAUUAAGUACUCUGACUGCAGUUUUCGGACGGGAGGACCUGCAGCACGGUAUGACCUACUACCCAAUUUGGAGCAACUUAGUCUGUCUGGGAUAAAAGGUGUUGAAAGCAUUUCAGAGCUAGCCAAUCUUCUCGGACUGAGAUUUCAGAGACUGAGAAUAUUAAAUGUGUUUGCCUGUUGGCAGAUGAAAUAUCUUCUCUCCCUAGAGAACUCCAUUCGCACAAUGCCGAACCUAGAAGUAAUCGAGGUACAACAUUGUCCCAAUUUAGAAGAGCUCUUCAAUUAUCAGAUCAAUAUGGCUGGUCUAGAUCCUAUUACCCCAAAACUACAAAAAUUGUAUUUGAGGAAACUUCCCAAAUUAAGGAAUCUUUGUAGGGAUGAAAAGACCUGGCCGGGUAAUAAAGUGAAGGUUGAGGUGAUCGACUGCGAUUUUCUGAGCACUGAUCAGCAAUGAUACGAUGGAAACAAGUUGGGGGAAACGAAUUGGAGACGCAUGCAUCCACAGACAAAACUAAAUAAUAUUUUAUGUGUUUUUGUUGGAGUGAGGUGUACAAUAUAUAUAUGUAUAAUUUUCUGGAAGUUUAUAUAUAUUACGUGUGCAUGUCUAUAUAUAUAUAAAAGAUAAAUUUGAUGUAUUUUGAUGUAUUAAUUUUGUGAGUGACAUUUGAUGCAAUGAUCAGCUUUCUUAUGUA